AUGGAGGCAUCAAGAGUCGCUCUCAUCGCUCUCGUGUGUGUUGUGUUCCCAAGUCAGAAGAGGAUCUCUGGAGCAGAAGUGGAGAAGCGAGUCAGACGAGGAGAUGACGUCACUCUCUACUCCGACUGUGUUUGGAAAAGUGGAUUUAAUCCAGUGUGGUUUAGAAACUGCUCACAUCAGAAUCAACCUCGUUUCAUGAUGUCAACUCAAAAUUUGAUGCGUGAUGUUUCUCUACGUUACUUAUUUGUGUUUAACGGCUCCACUAACACACACAAUCUCCUGAUUAAGAAUGUCACAGAAUCAGAUCUGGGCCUGUACUACUGCGCUAUACAUGAGAGAAGAGUUUCAGAUUCAAAACAUGGCCCCAUAGUUCAGAGUGCUGUGUACCAUUACGGAAACAGAUCCACUCGACUCUCUCUACACGACUCUGUAGAAACCUCUCCCAGGGUUACUGUUUCUCCAAACACCCCGACCCCAUGUGUAUCAGAGUGGAGUGUUAGCUGGAAGCUGAUGUUGAGUGUGUGUGCUGUGUGUAUUCUCCUCUCCUCACUCCUCUCCUCCAUCUGUGUGUACUGCCUCUGCACAAACACCACUAAAGGCUGUGAAAAGAGAGGAGAGCUGCUCACUGAGAAGGACUUUCAGGUACAUCAGUGUGAGAGGAGUGUUAUGGGGGAAUUCUAUUGUCACACUGAAGUCUUUUACACACUUCAGAAACCUGCAGUCAAAUCAGACUAAACACACACACACACACACACACACACACACACACACACACACACACACACACACACAAACUGACUUAGUUCACUUGUUUGCUUUAUGAAUGCUUUAUAAUG